AAUAUUAGUUGGUAUUUAACUUUAAAUUAAGUUGGAAUAAUAAUUUCUCAACCCAAAAUCAGUAAAAUUAUCCUUCCGAGUGAGUCCGUUCUUGUUUUUUCUCUUUUGGGUGUCCCCAACAACAACAACAACCAUGGCAGCGUUGCUUUCAGCUGCAGCUCCACCACCAUCAUCAACAUUUCUGGUCAAUGCUUCAUUUCCAUGUUCUUCAUCCAAACCCACUUCGCUUUCUUGGGCAUCUUCAUUUCCCAAACUCGGUUUAUCCUUCAACUCUAUCACAACCCCUCUUAAACCUCCUUCCAACCUCUACAAGGAUUCAGUCAUAAAAUCUGCUGCCUAUACCCGGAGAUCUCGAGGUGAGGCUGCAAAAAAACCAAACCGAAAGUCAUGGAAGCAAAGGACAGAAAUGUAUAUGAAACCAUUUUUACUAAACGUUUUCUUCUCAAAGCGAUUUGUGCAUGCAAAGGUGAUGCACCGGGGCACCAGCAAAGUUGUAUCAGUUGCCACGACGAAUGCCAAGGAUCUAAGGUUUCAAUUGCCAUCACUUACAGAUAACAAUGCCUGUAAGGUUAUAGGAAAUCUGAUUGCAGAGAGGUCAAUUGAAGCUGAUGUAUAUGCAAUGGCAUUUGAGCCAAAAAAGAAUGAGAGAAUCGAGGGUAGGCUUGGGAUUAUUCUUGAUACCAUCAAAGAAAAUGGUAUCAUUAUUAACUGAAAAAUACCCGUCUUCUUAUAGAGUAGGGCUAUAUUUUAUGGUAUUUCCUAGAAACAAUUCUCUUGUGGACAAUCAGCUUUUUAAGAGCUAAUAAUAAAGCAUCAUAAAUGAUAUAAAAAAAAAAA